GCUUUUGCUACAUGCUUUAUAAGUCGAAGUAACCUUUCAAACCCGAAUCGUACUAAAUGUGUUUCCGACGUUUUUUCGUCGUCGCGUGGUGUCCCCGCGCUUCUCCUUUUUUUUUUUUUUUUUCAGACGGCACUUGCUGUCUGCUACCGGUCGGCCGCUACUCGUGCUGCACCAUGAGCAACGCCGUGUGCUGCUCUGCGCGCAGCAGCUGCUGCCCCGAGCACUACGUGUGCGACGAGGCGUCCAACCUGUGCGCGCCGGCGGCCGGAGCGCGCAGGCAUUUUGAGGCCGGGAACGCGACGACGACGACCACCGUCGCCGCCACCGGAACGACGACGCACAGGAGCAGCGUCGGCGACGACGAGCCGCUCCUGACCAAAUGCCCGGCGGGGGACACGUACUGCUUCCGCGACAACAGCACGUGCUGCCGCCAGGAGCUCGGCUCGUACGGCUGCUGCCCCGACCGGGACGCUGUGUGCUGCAGCGACCUGGUCAACUGCUGCCCGCGCGGGUUCGCCUGCAUCCGCGGCACGGGCAACUGCGUCCAGACCACGACCGUCGCGAGGCUGGCCGCCGCCGCCGGCGCCCGACGCACGGCGUUUCGCGCAGUUCUGCCGGGCUCGGACAUGACAGAGCCGCUGGCUGUGCCGGCCAUGAGGCUCGAGCGGGGUCCCGCGAUGCCUUAGCGCGGGCGCGGAUCGUUCGAUGACCCCCACCAUGUGAUUUCGAGUGGGCGCGCCGUCUCACCCUCCGUCGGGUCCGAGCAUGAGAGAAGGCGCCGCGGGGGUCUUUUGUGAAGUAUAUGUUGUAAUCGCGUGCGUCAUUUGUCGGAUCUGUUUUCUAUUCGCGUCUACGCACGCGUGCGUAUACUGCGCGAAAUGAAUGGGGCGCACGUUAUAUCAUACGGAAUCCAGCACGAGCAACUCCAAUUUCUCCCCAGUACACCACUUCAAAAAAAAAGGGGGGGCGGGGUCGUAAUAUA